GGCUUCCUGGCUCUGAGCGGGUCAGGCGCGCGCGCCGCCGGCUGCUAGGCACCCAGGCGCUUCUCAGCGCCCCGAGCUCCUUUCUCACGUCCUCAUCUCCUUUAUUUCCUCUUCAUACCUUCAGUAUAUAUCCUAACAUUUACUUUGUGCCAGUCACCAGCUACGCCGUGGGGAUCAAAGAGAAAAAACGCACGCCCCACCCUGCACUCAGGGAGCUCACAGACUGGUGCCGAGAAAGAUGUUCAUCGGGGACUCUGAAAUAAAUUUCUGGUAUGAGUUGCUAAAACCAUGGUGAAAUGUUGCUCGGCCGUUGGAUGUGCUUCUCGCUGUUUACCGAAUUCCAAGCUAAAAGGACUGACAUUUCACGUAUUCCCCACAGAUGAAAACGUCAAAAGAAAAUGGAUAUUAGCAAUGAAAAGACUUGAUGUGAAUGCUGUAGACACUUGGGAGCCUAAAAAAGGAGAUGUGUUGUGUUCAAGGCACUUUAAGAAGACAGAUUUUGACAGAAGUGCUCCAAAUAUUAAACUGAAACCUGGAGUCAUACCUUCUAUCUUUGAUUCCCCAUCUCACUCACAGGGGAAAAGACAAAAGCUUCAUUGUAGGAAAAACUUCACCCUCAAAGCCCUUCCAGUCACAAACCACAAUCACCAGCUUGUUGGUGCUUCCUCGUGUAUCGAAGAAUUCCAGUCCCAGUUCAUUUUUGAACAUAGCUACAGUGUGAUGGACAGUCCAAAGAAACUUAAGCAUAAAUUAGAUCAAGUGAUCAGCGAGCUAGAGGAUACCAAGAAAAGUCUGCAGAAUGUUUUAGGCCGACAAAGACGUUUACAAAAAUCAUUGAGGAAGACAAUCAGGGAAUUAAAGGAUGAAUGUCUCAUCAGCCAAGAAACAGCAAAUAGACUGGAAGCUUUCUGUUGGGAGUGGUGUCGAGAGAGCAUAGAACAAGACUAUAUUUCAUGAAAUAAUUUCAUGUUAUGUUCUACCUAAAAUUGUUAUUGGUACAGCUUUGCAGAAAAUGAUUACCAUCAUUAAAUAAUAUCCGUCAUUU